AUGAAGAAAGGCACGGUUGCUCUUCAGACCGAUGUCAGGACCGACGAGGACUGGGAAGAGGUCCUGGAACGUCCAGGAUUGGUCGUGGUGGACGUGUACUCCGAAUGGAGUGGUCCUUGCGCGGCCAUGGUGAGUACCUUGAGGAAGGUCAAGAUGGAGCAAGGAGGAGAGAUCCUCAGUUUCGCCAUCGCAAGGAACGACGAUAUUUCCGCCCUGGAGAGGUUUCGGGGGAAAAGCGAGCCCGUCUGGAUGUUCAUUCAGAACGGGAAGAUGGUGAAUUCGAUGUUUGGGGCCCAUUGCCCGAACAUGCAGAGACUGCUGGUGGAGGAGAUCCGAAGAGUGCAGCAAGGGGAACCUUCGAGGUGGGCCAUCCCCGUUACCCAGAGGGGACCCGAGGAGGAAGUUCGGUGGCAGGCCAAGGAAGCGAUUAGAAAGGCUCAAGAGGACGCGCAGCUCGCGCUGGAGGAAGCCGAGAAGAGGACGAAGUACGAAGCCUUCCUGGCUCAGAUGACGUUCGAACUCUGCGAGGAAACCGCGGUCCUUUUGUAUCCUUGGAUCUUUUUGGACGAGGAAGGCAACCAAAAGGACAAGAACGCGUGCCCUGCUUACACGGAACUAGUAAACGAACUCUUGAAAGAGUACUACGACGUGGCCGAGUCGGUUUCCUUUCAACUUGAUGAGGAGACCAUUGAGAAGAUGUUCGUCGAGAGCGACGUUGAGAUCACCGAGGAACUCGUCGAAGGGCUGACGAGUGGCAAGUGUCUGAUCAUGAGGCUGAAGGGAAAACCACCGCAUCCUUCCUGGCCCGUUCCCUACCCCAAUGAGUGUCCUGAGGAAAUCGGCAAAGAAAAUUGUCCCGUGAGAGCGAUCAACGAUGUCGAGAACUAUCUCCUCGAAAUCCUGAAUAAUGGCCCGCAACCACCGCCCUCUUGGUCCGAGGAUCAGACCCCACCUCCCAAACCCGAAGGAGGUCCUUACGUCUCUAGGCACUUCUACCUCCACGAGCCAGAUCCUGAAGUCGAAGAAGACGUCGAAAAAAUUUAUCCCGCAGUCUGGGCACCCCCACAGGCCAGGAGCAAGGUGCACGUCUUCAAGACCAUUUUCUCCGGCUACAUGGACAAGUCUCAUCCUUACUUCGAGCCUGUGCCUCCAUUGCCGUUGUGUGCCUUCAAAUUCGACGCUUCGAAACUUCAAGCAGUCUCCGAUGCUUUCAUUGCCCACCAGUUGGCAAUCGAAUGUUUCGGAGUUUUCGAGUUCGACAGACCUCCACUUGCUCGAAGGAUCGCCUCAACGCCUCAAAACUUCGAAGCCAAGGCGAGACACAAAACCGGAGGCGAGGUCUUCGUGGUGAUCAUUCGCAGAGUCAACGAGGAAGCAUUCCUGGCGUUCGCCGGAAUAGAGCCCUACUUUGUCACAGAGGACACCGAAGAGGCUGAGAAAAUGAUCGAGCAAUAUUUCCCCGAAGGCGUGGUGGACGCCACCCUCGAAGAGCCCGUCGUCGACGGUGAGGAGGAAGAAUCCUUCGAAGAGGAGGAGGAGGACGUCGAAGAGGGAGAAGACGAGGAAGAGCAGGAGAAUGAGGGCGAAGCAUUCUUCGACGAUGAUUUUUAG